CACACUUGCUUCUAACUUCACUUCCACUUCCUCUCCGUUCUGAUGCUCCACCACCGUUGCAUCUCUCUUACGCCACUCGCCGCCGCCACGACACCAUGUCAACACAACACGAUUCUCGCUCUAUAAACUGGCACUACACUGAGCUAGAUGACAAAGACCUUGAAAUCCGUGGCAAAACACUCUUCUUCGUCAUCGUUCUCUUCUCCAUUAUACUCCUCACCACUAUCUUCUUCCUCUACACGCGCUGGGUCUGCCGCUACAACCACCACCACCGCUCCUCAGCGGCCCACGCGCGCCACGCGCCGCAGUCAUCACUUCCUUCCCAGGGUCUUGACCAGGCGUCCAUAAAGAAACUUCCGAUCAUCCUCCAUCAGGCGCCAGCGGAGCCCCACGGCGGCGCGUGGGAGGAGACGGAGUGUUGCAUCUGCCUGGGCGAGUUCGUCGACGGCGAGAAGCUGAAGGUUCUUCCGGCGUGUGAACACUAUUUCCAUUGUGAAUGCGUUGAUAAGUGGCUAAUGCAACAUUCUAGUUGCCCACUUUGUAGGGCUUCACUCAAACUUGAAUCUUCGUUACCAAAGAUUUUGAUUCAAGAACCUCCCAUUAGAAUUGACAUCCAAUUUUAAUGAUAGCCGUGGUUUCAUCUCCGAGUUGGCCUCCUCCCCGCGUUUCACGCCGAUUUCCGUCCCAGGUGGCUCAUCUCUUCCACGGAGGCAUCCCCUCCACGGUGGCUUCGGAUCUUCAGGGAGUGCAUGUGCUCCUCUGUCAACUCGCUAUCAUUCGUUCGUUUCGUCUCCUCGCUUACGCAAGCUUUGCUUUCUUCUCCUUACUCUGCCCUACGAAGCUCUGUUCAGGAACCCUAUUUUCCUGGGGCUUUGGUUCGUCGCCGUUCAUCCAGCUUGACUAUCUUCCAGUUGACGCGCAAAUGGAAGACCUUCCAUCCAUCAAUCAGGGUUAACCCAGAUUCAACUGUCUAGGGUUUGAGAAAUUUCAAAUUGUGCAAAACGUGGUCAAUCUCUGUUAUCUGUUCCAUGUUUAUCCGAAAUUCUAUUGUCUAGGGUUUCUGAAAUUUAUAAUUGUGCAAAUUCAAAAUCAUGUUUGGUAUCUGUUCGAUGGUUAGGCGAGCUUUUAUUGUGUAUGAUUUUCUGAUUUUUAUU